AUGCUACGGGCACAAAACGAGACACCACCGUCGAAACGACUAUCAGUUAUUCUCUUCCGAAGUGAACAAUUUCAUGUUGGACCGAAAACCAGUGAAAAGGCCGCUAAGAAGUCUGGAAAGGCGCAGAAAGUCAUCGUCAAGGGAGAGAAGAAGAAGAAGAGACAGCGCAGGAAGGAAAGCUAUGCCAUCUACAUCUACAAGGUGUUGAAGCAGGUCCACCCGGACACCGGAGUCUCGUCGAAGGCCAUGAGCAUCAUGAACAGCUUCGUCAAUGACAUCUUCGAACGUAUUGCUGCUGAGUCGACCCAUCGUGGCUCAAUACAACAAACGCUCGACGAUCACGUCCCGCGAAAUCCAAACUGCGGUCCGUCUGCUGCUGCCGGGUGA